AGACGAGAACGAGGAUGAAGAUGAGGACGACGAGUUUCACGGUAUUCGAAGGAAUUCUUGACGCCUCAUGAGCCCUGCUAAUCACCGUCCUUAGAUGCCGAGGGCGGCGCUGUAGAGCUGCAAGUCCUCAUUCGCGAAGCGGAGGACCAGAAUGAAGGUGGGGACGGGAGAACAAGAGUCGGAAUACUAAGAAUGGGUGGCUCGGUCAUCCACUUAAAUCACGACCAACUCACAGCGUUGCUCGAUGGCCAUGGCUUGGGUCACUCACUUUUUGAUGGCGAUGACGACGUAGUGCCUCUGAGGAGACGAAGGGAACCUCUAGAUCCCGAUCGCUUUCCCAAAGUCCCGAGUAUGGAGGGUCGGAAACUCAUGCAGUCGGGCAUCUUUGGGUCUGUCCACCGCGGAGUUGCAGACAGGAAAAAGCUGGCCCGACGGAUCCUAGACCGAGAGUUGGGUUUGGGAGACCGCUUCAGCCGAAAGACGAACCAGGAUCUAAUGGCCCAGCAAAUGAUCCCAUCCACGAACCCCGAGAUGGUCAUCCACUACGGGGAUCCCGUCUGCUGCGGCCAGUUCUCCGACGAUGGCAAUUUCUUCUACGCCUGCGUCAAUGACUUCCGCGUUCGCAUGUACGACACAUCUAAUCCAUAUAACUGGCGGUACUACAAGACCGUCACCUACCCCUUCGGCCAGUGGAGGUUGACGGAUGCGGACCUGAGUCCCGAUAACAAGUGGCUCGCGUACACGUCACUGCAGAGCAAUGUAUGCUUCGCACCUACAGAUCCCAACGACAAGGGGGAUCCCUACUCCCUCGACAUGUCGGACGUCACAACCCGUGGAGGGCACCGCCACGGGCACUUCCCCAUCUUCUCCGUCCGCUUCUCGGGGGACGGGCGGAACCUGGUCGUCGGCACGGGCACGGAUGCCAUCAUCGUGUACGACAUUGAAUCGCGCCGCGUGCUACAUCACGUCGUCGGCCACGAUAACGACGUCAACGCCGUGUGCUUUGCCGACAAGUCAUCGCCGCACAUCCUGUACUCGGGCUCCGACGACUGCACCAUCAAGGUCUGGGACACGCGGAGCAUGGGCGACGGGCGAGAGUCCGGCGCCUUCGUGGGCCACAUCGAGGGCCUGACCUACAUAGACAGCAAGGGCGACGGGCGGUACAUCCUCAGCAACGGCAAGGACCAGUCGAUGAAGCUCUGGGACCUGCGCAUGGCCAUGUCGACGGACCGCGUCGAGGAGCUGGACCCGACAAAGUUCACGCGGCAGCGCAUGUACGACUACGACUACCGCUGGGAGGAGUACGAGGAGAGGGAGUGGUUCCAGCACAAGCACGACAACUCCCUGGUGACGUUCCGCGGGCACACGGUGCAGCGGACGCUCAUCCGGUGCCACUUCUCGCCGCCCGGGAGCACAAACUCCUCAUAUGUCUACUCGGGCAGCCAGGACGGCUGCGUCUACGUCUGGAACCUGGACGCCACCCUCGCCGCCAAGAUCAACGUCAAGUCGGUGACCAGGGGCAAGGGCAUCGGCCACCGUCGGUACCGGCUGCACCAUCCCGACCCCGGCGAGGGGGAUUGGAUGACGCUCGUGCGUGACGUGGGCUGGCAUCCCAACGCCCCGCUCCUCGUUGCAUCCGCCUGGAACGGGCCGACGAUGGGUGGCGGGACUGCCACACUACAUUCGUUUAACGAGUCUGGCGCCGACGAGGCAGAACCUCGGAUGGGGAUUUCGGUUAAUGAGAAGUUGGUCGAAGAUCCUUCGAUAUUGACGCAGUCUCGAUUUUGAGACGCCGAAGACGGGUCGAUUUUGGAGGUGCACGUAUCGGGUUAUAAGGAUCUAUAUCUGUGGUCUCGGAGCAUUUUGGAGAGUUGCUGAUGGCACACUCCUUUUCCCUUGAGCAAUGUACUGGUAGUACUGACAGACGGCGUUUUUCCUUCACGUUCGCAUGAGUCAAAGCAUAUUCCAUCCUGAUG